AUGCACGGGAGCAAACAGAAUGCUGGUCAAGCACGCCAUGAACUAACUCAAGUUCCUCCGCUCCAGUGGGCAGGUAAGAUGGAAGAUUUCUGUGCCGCCUAUCAAAACAGCAGCGCUCCGAAUAUCACCGCAUGUUUCUGCGUGAAAGAUGACUGUAACAGUGACACUUUUGCACAAGGACUGCUUGGCUCAGAUCCGUCCAAAACGCUCUCUAUAACGAAGGUGAAUACGUGGACAGCCGUGCAUGAUGCUGAUCAUACCAAAAAACUUUUUGAAUGCUUCAAAAUCAACUUGCAACAAUCUGCUGGCACCACCGGUGGAAAUGGAGCGAGUCCCGACGCAAGUCAAGGCACUGGAACCGUUACCGCUGCAGAAGUUACAACAGAAGCUCCAUUUAACCUGCAGAACGUGAACGAAACAGUGGGAAAACACAUACCGGAAGAAGCAAGGGGCUUCUGGUACAAGUAG